UUGCUUUACUUCAAGCUGCAGUCCCGGAUCCCAGACCAAGGAUGGCAAACCUUGUUGAACUUUACAAAGUUAGGGCGAGCUAAGGUAAAUCAUUUUAUCUUUUUAAAUCAUUUUCUAUUGCCAGUUAGUGUGUUUGAUUAAAUUGGUGAGUGGGGAAAAUCUGCCACCCCUGUAUUUAAAUUCUGGUCAACUUUAUCCGUUUCUUUUGGAGGUCAAAAUUUAUUUAAUUAUGAUAUAAUAAAACAUUAUACCGAUACAAAGUACAAAGAUAAAUAGAAAAAUAACAAACAGAAAUAUUGUUUUUCCUCUUUCUUUUUUUAUUGCUAAACUUUGUCAAGGGCAUGGCUAGAGGGGUUCCUGAGGUGCCCCUGACCCCCCACCCCCAUUUAACCAUACCUCAUCUUACUAAAAUCAUUUUCACUGAUGAGCAGUGUGACUAAAAUAGAGUAGUUUAUAUUAGAACUCAAACUGUAACUUGAUCUCAGUAUUUUUAUUUCACAAGACAUGUCUUUCCUUACCUAAACAUUUAUUUGUGCUCUUAUCAUUAUUGAUGGAUUCCACAUUAUAUUAUAAUCAUUCUAUUACCAUUUUACAUUUUAAUGGGUUCAUUGAUCUGUAAUGCCAGGGAUGGAAACUUAAUUUUGACAGCACUGGCCAUCGAGUGCCUUUAAUAAAUGCAACAAAAAGCCUAAGAUUUUUACUUGCCCAAGUAGUUUUGACACUUGCCUGGGCAAGUGGGCAAGUGCUAAUUUCCAACCCUGUAAUGCCUUCUUUUAUUGAUGCAUUAAGAUAUUGUUAUGUCUGCAUUUGUUUAGCUAGACGAAAUCUGACAUUCCACUUCUUCUGAACAAGAAUCACAUAAAGGCUGUGCGCAUGAUGAUCCACUUGUUCAUUAUCUAG